GACUUGCCCAUUAUGAACAUAUUGAUAUGAAAUGUGCACAGCUACUUAAUAUCAUGAAAUGCCUCUCAGGUGUAUGGUGGGGUGCUCAUCCGUUUUCUAUGAAACUUGUGUAUAACGCUCUUCUCCGGAUAUAAGAUAUGAUAUAGGUGUCGGUAAACAAGAUAUUCUGGAGACAAAUAUUCGUUUCAUGAGUAGCGUUGAGGAACAAAAUUGGAGUGGAUGGGAUUAUAUUUUUACAGAUGCCUCUAAAAUCUCUAUUGAUGAUUGUGUUGGAGUCGGUCUAGUUCAUUGGCAACAUAAAAUAAUACAAAAGAUUAAACUUCCUCCUGAAUCCUCUGUUUUUACUGGAGAGUGUUUUGCUCUUUUAAAAGCUGUAGAACUGGUUAUUUUAUUAAAAUCUAAAAGAACAAUCAUAUUUUCAGACUCAAAAAGUGCACUACGAACUAUUGAAAAAUUUCCAUUCCAAAUGAAACCUUGUUAUCCUAUUAUUUGCGAAAUACGUGAUAAGCUUUUGAUAUGUUCUCAAAGAAAUCACACCAUUAUCUUUGCAUGGAUUCCAAGUCACUGUGGGAUUAAAGGGAACGAGAAAGCCGAUCAGCUUGCCAAAGAAGCUAUAAAGGAUGGAGACUUAGUCCCAUACAUUAAUUAUUGUCAUGAUUUGACUGCUCUUCCCAAAACCUAUCUUUGGGAGUCAUGGAAUGAUGUUUGGUUGAGAAGCAGCAAGUUCAAAGGCAAACUUUAUGCUGAAAUUCAACCCUCGAUCUCCAGUAAACCAUGGUUCUUUAAAGCUAAAAGUUCUAAAAUUGUCACUUCUAUCAUUUCCAGAAUGCGUUUAGGACAUGUAUGUACACCUCAUCAUUUAGCAAGGCUUCGUAUUGUUGAUAGCAAUAUUUGUGAGUGUGGAGAAGAUAUUGGUGAUCUCGACCAUAUUUUCUUUUCUUGUUCCCAAUAUGACCGCACCUCCUUUAUGAAUUCCUUACAAUUACUACAGGUUCCGUUUCCGACUAAAAUCUCCUGCCUUUUGCUUUAUCCUUUAUUGUAUUAUAAUGUAUUAUCCUCUUUCAUAAUCAAUAAUAAUAUUAAGAUUUAAUAUAUUUAAUUUAUUUUUAUUAAUUUAUUUCCAUAUCUUGUUUUUAACUAGCUUAUCCUUUUGUUUCCUUUUGACGACUUUGUCGCGUGUAGUUUCCCUACCUUUCACUUGAAACUGGCAUAAAGUUAAAACUAUUGCCAUAAAGGAAAAAAAAAAAAAAAAAAAAAAAAAAAAC